AUGCCACCGACGCCCAAUUUUAAAGUAACCUCUUGCUUCGAGCCUCGUGCCACGCCCCCUCUUCCGGCCCAAUUAUUCUUCACGAUGACUCUUCGAAAAGGUUCUAAGGUCUGGGUGGAAGAUAAGGAGUUAGCUUGGGUGGGAGCUGAAGUUUGCGAUUUUAUCGGCAAAAAUGUUCAAGUCGUCACUCACCAUGGGAAAAAGGUUUUGGCAUUGCCGGAGAAACUGCAUCCCAGAGACGCGGAAGAGGACCAUGGAGGGGUGGAUGACAUGACGAAGCUGACCUACUUGAAUGAGCCUGGCGUGCUUGAUAAUCUCCAGAGGCGUUAUGCACUUAAUGAAAUUUAUACGUACACCGGAAGCAUCCUCAUUGCUGUCAAUCCAUUCACAAAGCUUCCUCAUCUUUACAACCUUCACAUGAUGGAGCAGUAUAAAGGGGCCCCAUUUGGGGAGCUAAGUCCUCAUGUAUUUGCUGUCGCCGAUGCAUCUUACAGAGCAAUGAUGAGCGAGGGUAGAAGCCAGUCUAUUUUAGUUAGUGGUGAAAGUGGUGCUGGGAAAACAGAAACAACAAAGCUAAUUAUGCAGUAUCUUACAUAUGUUGGUGGUCGUGCUGCUAGUGAUGACAGAACAGUUGAACAGCAAGUUCUUGAGUCUAAUCCGUUGCUGGAGGCAUUUGGUAACGCCAGAACAGUCAGAAAUGAUAAUUCGAGCCGCUUUGGGAAGUUUGUUGAGAUUCAAUUUGAUGCUAGUGGGAGAAUAUCAGGUGCUGCAAUUAGAACUUACCUUUUGGAACGGUCUCGUGUUGUUCAAAUAACAGAUCCAGAAAGGAAUUACCACAUCUUCUACCAGUUAUGCGCUUCUGGAUUGGAUGCCGAGAAAUACAAUCUUGGCCAUCCUAGUACCUUUCACUACCUGAACCAAAGUAAAAUUUAUGAGUUAGAUGGGAUGAGCAAUGCAGAGGAAUACUUAAAAACAAGAAGGGCUAUGGAAAUUGUUGGCAUUAGCUCAGAGGACCAGGAAGCAAUAUUCCGGACAUUGGCUGCAAUACUUCAUCUGGGUAAUGUGGACUUCUCUCCUGGAAAAGAGCAUGAUUCAUCGGUUGUAAAGGAUCAAAAGUCUAACUUUCAUUUACAGAUGGCUUCAAAUCUUUUAAUGUGUGAUGUUAGUCUUUUGUUGGCAACCCUUUGCACACGAUCAAUCCAGACGCUUGAAGGGACUAUCAUCAAAGCUCUUGAUUGCAAUGGUGCUUUAGCUGGUCGAGAUGCCUUGGCGAAGACUAUCUACGCUCGGCUGUUUGAUUGGCUUGUUGAGAAAAUCAAUCGAUCUGUUGGACAAGAUCAGGAUUCAAGGAUAAAGAUAGGAGUUCUGGACAUAUAUGGCUUUGAAUGCUUUAAGUAUAACAGUUUCGAGCAAUUUUGCAUCAAUUUUGCAAAUGAAAAGCUUCAGCAACAUUUUAAUGAGCAUGUGUUCAAGAUGGAACAGGAAGAGUACCAUAAGGAAGAGAUAAAUUGGAGCUACAUUGAAUUUAUUGACAACCAGGAUGUCUUGGAUUUGAUUGAGAAGAAACCCAUUGGGAUAAUUGCACUUCUGGAUGAAGCUUGCAUGUUUCCGAAAUCAACCCAUGGGACAUUUUCAAACAAAUUAUUCCAGAAUUUCCGUAGUCAUCCACGGUUAGAGAAGGCCAAGUUUUCUGAAACAGAUUUCACCAUUUCCCACUAUGCUGGAAAGGUUACAUAUCAGACACAAACAUUCUUAGAUAAGAAUCGUGAUUAUGUUGUGGUUGAGCACUGCAAUCUUUUGUCCUCUUCGAAAUGUCCCUUUAUCUCUGGUCUCUUCCCCGCACUUCCAGAGGAAUUUUCCAGAUCAUCAUAUAAGUUCUCUUCAGUGGCUUCUCGGUUUAAGCAACAACUUCAAGCUCUUAUGGAGACUCUCAGCUCAACAGAACCUCAUUAUGUUCGUUGUGUGAAGCCAAACUCAAUAAACCGGCCCCAGAAGUUUGAGAAUCAAAGCAUCUUACACCAAUUGCGCUGUGGGGGUGUUUUGGAAGCUGUUCGCAUAAGUUUGGCUGGUUAUCCCACUCGCAAGACCUAUCCCGAGUUUGUAGAUCGAUUUGGUAUUAUUGCAUUGGACAUUAUGGAUGGACGUUAUGAUGACAAAACUAUGACCGAGAAAAUAUUGCAGAAGCUAAAUCUGGGGAAUUUCCAGCUGGGGAAAACAAAAGUUUUUCUUCGAGCUGGUCAGAUUGCUGUCUUGGAUUCGCGUCGUGCUGAGGUUCUAGAUUCUGCGGCGAAGCGUAUUCAGGGUAGACUGCGUACAUUCAUUGCACGAAGGGACUUUGUCUCAAGCAAGGCCGUUGCAAUUUCCUUACAAGCUUGCUGUAGAGGAUACCUUGCUCGCAAACUAUAUGCUUCAAUCAGAGAAGAAUCAGCUGCUAUUCUUAUUCAAAAAUAUGUGCGAAGAUGGCAGUCUAGGCAUGCGUAUGUGCAGCUGUAUAUGUCGAUUGUGCUCAUUCAAUCCUGCACCCGUGGAUUCUCUGCGCGGCAAAAGUUUUUGUACUGGAAGGAACACAGAGCUGCCACUUUAAUUCAGGCUCAUUGGAGGAUGUAUAAGGUCCGGAAAGCUUACCGCAAUCGUCAAUCUAAUAUAAUUGCUAUCCAAUGCCUUUGGCGCCGAAAGCUGGCUAAGAGAGAACUCAGGAGGCUUAAACAGGAGGCUAACGAAGCUGGUGCCUUGCGUGUGGCAAAGAGUAAGCUUGAGAAGCAAUUAGAAGAUCUUACAUGGCGGUUGCAUUUGGAAAAGAAAUUGCGUGUGUCCAAUGAAGAGUCUAAGAUUGCGGAAAUUACAAAACUGCAUAAGACCGUUGAAUCUUUAAGCCUUGAACUGGAUGCUGCCAAACUUGCUAGAGUCAAUGAGCUUAACAAGAAUUCUGUGCUCCAAAGGCAACUAGAAUUGUCGCUGAAGGAGAAAUCCGGAUUGGAAAGAGAAGUUGUUGCAUUGUCUGAAUUAAGGGAUGAAAAUGUCCUUUUGAAGAAUUCUUUGAACUCUUUGGAAGAGAAGAACUCAGCCCUCGAGCGUGAACUUGCAUGUGCUAAACAAGAUUCAAGUGAUACUAUUGAAAAGCUGAAGGAAGUUGAGCUUAUGUGUUCAGAACUCCAGCAGAACAUCAAAAGGUUGGAAGAAAAGCUUUCAAAUGUAGAGGAUGAGAACCAUGUUCUUCGACAAAAAGCAAUCAGUGCAACUCCUAGGAGCAUCCGUGCUGGUUUUGCUAAACCUUUAUUAGAUAAGUUUAGUGGAGCACUUGCUCUUCAGUCAGCAGAUCGGAAGUCUGCAUUUGAGUCGCCAACUCCAUCAAAAAUCAUAGCUCCACUUGUGCAAGGUUUAUCCGAUUCUCGUCACCCAAGAUUAACUGUUGAGAGGCAACAGGAAACCUACGAGAUACUCUCACGGUGCAUUAAAGAAAACCUUGGGUUUAAAGAUGGAAAGCCUGUGGCUGCCUGUGUCAUCUACAGAUGCCUUCUUCAUUGGCAUGCCUUUGAGUCAGAAAGAACUUCCAUUUUUGACUCUAUCAUUGAGGGAAUUAAUGAGGUUUUGAAGGUUGGUGAUGAGGAUACCACCCUGCCUUACUGGUUAUCUAAUGCUUCUGCUCUUCUCUGCCUUCUGCAAAAAAAUUUGCGGUCUAAUGGAUACUUGAAUGCAACUUCUCAUCGUUCACCUGGUAUCGCUGGGCCCAAUGGUAGUGUUGGGCACGCUGUAAAAUCACCUUACAAAUAUAUUGGAUUGGAUGAUGGUAUAUCAUAUAUUGAGGCAAAAUAUCCUUCCAUUUUAUUCAAACAACAAUUAACUGCCUGCGUCGAGAAGAUUUUUGGCUUGAUACGUGAUAAUCUGAAGAAAGAAAUAUCUCCACUUUUGGGUCAAUGCAUUCAGCACCUUUUUUAUUUUUAUUUUAUCACUCACUUUUGUCUUACUGAUUACAUAACUUCUGGGUUGAAUUUGUGGUUCAUCAAGGCACCAAAAACUCGUGCGGGAAAAUCAUCACGAUCACCGGUUACUCAACAGUCUUCAAGUCAGUGGGAUAGCAUCAUCAAGUUCUUGGAUUCCCUUAUGAGCCGUCUUCAAGGAAAUCAUGUGCCUUCAUUUUUCAUCCGAAAGCUCAUUACUCAAGUAUUCUCCUUCAUCAACAUAUCACUUUUUAACAGUUUAUUGCUUCGACGAGAAUGCUGUACUUUUACAAAUGGAGAAUAUGUUAAAUCUGGUCUGGCUGAACUGGAGAAGUGGAUAGGAACGGCAACUGAGGAGUUUGCAGGGACAUCUUGGCAUGAGUUAAAUUACAUUAGACAAGCUGUUGGGUUUCUGGUAAUACAUCAGAAGAGGAAAAAGUCAUUAGAAGAGAUAAGGCAGGAUCUUUGCCCGGCUCUUACUAUUAGGCAAAUCUACCGGAUCAGUACAAUGUACUGGGAUGACAAGUAUGGGACUCAAAGUGUGUCAAAUGAGGUUGUUUCUGAGAUGAGGGAGAUACUAAGUAAAGAUUCACAAAACUUGACCUCAAACUCAUUCUUGUUGGAUGAUGAUCUUAGCAUUCCAUUCUCAACAGAUGAUAUCUACAUGGCACUUCCACCUGUGGAUCCUGCAGAUGUUGAUCUGCCAAAAUUUUUGGCAGAGUAUCCUUCUGCGCAGUUUCUUGUCAAGAAUAAAGCAAAUGGCCUCGCAUGA